AUGGAACUUCAGUCCUAUUAUAAUAUAAAGUCAUGUUUAACAUUUGAAGGUGCGGAACGUCUACCAACUGAAAGUCCACUGCUUUCACUUUCGGUUAGAGAUGAACUACCAUUUUUGAGAUGCUUUGAAGCUUAG